GUUAUGGGGCGAUGAAGUGAAGUCAAAGUCAAACUGAAGCUCUGCGUGACCAAUAGAAAAUCGAAGUCUUGUUACCCUUUACUCACCGGUAUUAAUUGCUGUACUAUAUCCGUAUCGAAUAAUUUUUGCCUUUAUCUUUGCAUUAUUGGUGUCCCACCCAAAACUUUUUUCUGGUUACGUCACUGUAUGCAAGAGAAGAAUUCAAAGAAUUUUGGUUUGAACUAAGCAAAGGAGAAAUAAUUCCUUAUUAAAAUGGAGAAAGACGAAAUGGUGCAAAGAGCUAAGUUAGCUGAGCAAGCAGAGAGGUAUGAUGAUAUGGCUGCUGCUAUGAAAAGCGUGACAGAAACUGGUAUUGAACUGACAAAUGAGGAAAGAAACUUGCUUUCGGUUGCAUACAAGAAUGUUGUUGGAGCGAGACGUAGCUCAUGGCGUGUAAUAUCAAGUAUAGAGCAAAAGACUGAGGGCAGUGAAAGAAAGCAACAAAUGGCCAAAGAGUACCGUGAGAAAGUUGAAAAUGAACUGAGAGAGAUUUGCUAUGAUGUAUUGGGUCUUUUGGAUAAGUUCUUGAUUCCUAAAGCUAGCAAUCCGGAAAGCAAAGUCUUCUACCUCAAGAUGAAAGGAGAUUAUUACAGAUAUUUAGCUGAAGUGGCUUCUGGCGAUCAAAAAUCAAAUGUUGUGGAUGAAUCUCAAAAGGCUUAUCAAGAAGCAUUUGAUAUUAGCAAAAGUCAGAUGCAACCAACACAUCCAAUUCGACUUGGUUUGGCACUAAAUUUCUCAGUAUUUUAUUUUGAAAUUUUGACGUCACCUGACAAAGCAUGCCAACUUGCUAAACAGGCAUUUGAUGAUGCAAUAGCAGAGCUUGAUACAUUAAAUGAAGACUCUUACAAAGAUAGCACCUUAAUAAUGCAGCUCCUUAGAGAUAAUCUCACGCUUUGGACCUCAGAUACACAAGCAGAAGAUGGUGAGCAGCCAGAUAAUGUAGAAAAUUGAAAUUUCAUUUUUUUUACCAUCUGAAUUACAUCCUUAAAUCAGCCUUCAUAUUUAACAGUUGCACCACAUUGAAGACAUUCAUUUGUUAUGAAUACAGUAAAUCAUUGCGUUCUUAAAUUCUCUGAAGUAUUGAAAUUCUUCUUCCCAUCCGGAAAAAGCUUAACAAAACCCAAAAGAUUGAUCAUAGUUUCAAAUUGUAUCUAAUUGGAUACCUAUGCAGGCUGCUUAUGAAAAUAGUGAGGUUAGCAAGUAGUUUUCUGAAGCUAAGCUAUUAUUGACAUUUUUUUAUUCUGAUGUAAAUGUUGGCCUUCAAACAGAUCUUAAAAUUUUUACUUUAAGCACUAUUCUGUUCAGUCAUUGUAAUAACCUGUUUUAACUGUAAAACUGAUCGAUAAAAAAAAGUUUUUGAUUUUAACUCUGCUCAAGUUUUAAAUUAUCAGUGUCACUUUUUCAUUAUUUUUGCUUCAGAAAUACUAUACCUAUGAACUUUAUGAUGUGAUAUUUAUGUAGAAUUGUAAAUUUUUUUAGCAAUAAGUAUGUACUGCUCAAUACUAGUCUAUGCACAGUUAUCAUUUUUUUUCUUUCUUUUUUUUUUUUUUAAUUUUUAUUUCAUGAAGCAGCAUGUAACUGUUGACCAUUUUUGCAUUGAAUUAUUGUUAAACCAUUUUAUAAAAUCUAUUUGUGGAACGUUUGUAUAUGCAAUUUUUUCAUUGUCAGUUCAUGUUUUUGCUAGUUUAUUAAAUAUUUGAAACUUAAUACUUGUGUGUUUUAAAUUUUCUACGACAUGAAAUAGUUUUUGAAUCAAGUAGCUCAUUCAAGUUUUUGAACAUUUUCAAAGAUUAAGAUUAUUUAUAAUAUUCACAGUCUAUAACUGCAUAAAAUUGUUUAAUAUUAUUUCUGACAGGACAUUUGUUGUAUUAAAUAUGCAUGUCCACUGAAGGUGGUGUAAUAUUUCCAAAAUAUGUUAAUGCUGUAUGCAUAAGAUACAGACUAUAGCUCUUAAGCACAAAAAAUGAGCCAGGCUGUAUGUAGUUAUUUUGCAAAAGUUAGCCAAUUGAUGGGCAACUGUUCUGAAAUUUAGAAAAAAAUUAAAAGUUUGAGAGAGUCUUCAGACAAUUUUAGAAGUCUAUAAAUUCCAAAGUUUAAGAGGAGGAAGAAAAUCGAGAGGAAGAGAAAUUCAUUCUCAAGUUAUCUCAACAAACUUUUGCGCGUACAUAUGUAUUUGUGUAUAUGUAUGUAGUCUGCUAUAUUAAAUUUUUAUGUACAUAUA